AUGAAUUUUUGGUCAUCUCUGUUAGUUUUCUUCUCGAUUUUCCUUUCUUCAUUCACUUUCGGAUAUCGAUUGGAUUACGUGAUGGUGCCAAGGGGAUUUCUGUCGAAUCAACAACAACAAGCACUUGGAGAAUUGGGGAAUUCGGCUGAACGCUUGGAAAAGCGCUUCGACCUCGAUCGAAUGAGAAGAGCUCCGUAUGAGCCAUUUAUGUUAAUGGAGAAUAUUCAGAAACCACGAUUUGGACGCAAG